AUGGGGCCCAGGAAUGCUGAAGGCAGAGAUGAACCAUCCAACUCGAAGCGCAGUCAGCGCAAGAUCCAUCCCUCGGUUGAGAACACCAUUGUGACACAUGCUCAGCGAUGGAUUGAGCUCGGACACCCCGUAAAGAAUACGCUCAUGGUGGUUGAAGUGGCCAAUUCACAUUUGAAUUCCAUACAAUGGCGGCUGCCACCUCAUGAGCGGGACCAAGUGGCCUCAGGGUGGGAAUUUGGCCUUUUCAAUCUCCAUCCCAGUUUCAAGGACUCCUAUCAAGCCGCUCGCCUAAAUGAGAGGAAGAAAGUGCCUGACCCGAACCCGGAUGACGAAUUGAUGCGACUUUUGGAUUUUCUUGACAAGUUCAAUGAAAUUAAACGGAAGUACGACAUCAUAGAUGAGAAUGUCUUUGCCGUGAGCGAACUGGGUUAUGUCACAACGGUUAGGUCGGAGAAACAGCCUGGAAUGGUUCUGUAUCGACCUGAGUCAAAGAAAAAGGAAACCCGUCAAUACUCUUCAGUUAUUCAUUGUGUUCAGUCUGGCGGCAGGCACCUGCCACCCUAUGUUACUGUCAAAAGCAACGAGCCCCCACGUCCCGAGAGACAUGGAUCAAUUCAAAUGGCAUUCAACAAGGACGGCUGGGCUGAUGAGACACAUGCCUUGGACUGGCUGAAGACAGUCUUUGAUCCUAUAAGCAAGGAGCGGAUCAAUAGCGCCCGCAUGCACCGACUCCUUCUCGUUGACUCUCGUCGAUUUCAAGUCACAACGGACUUUGAGAACUACUGCGAACGUCGCCAAAUCGUCUGUCUCUGCAUUCCAAAGCGGACACAAGAAAUGUUCAGUCCCUUUUACUGUGGAAUAUUCGAUUCACUGGCCAACAUUUUCAUUGAGCACAUGAAGCAGAAGCUGCACCAGAGCAGAAAAGACACCUUCACAAUCGAUCCCAAGGCCUUCGUGGACUUCAUCAACACGCAGCUGGCUUCACGUCAGAGAUUAAGCGAGUCGAAAGAUGCUUGGCUCAAAACAUGCCUCAUGCCUGUGGAUCGAGCAGCUCUGAAAAAUCGAUUCCGAGGCAGACAAGCCACACUUCCUCCUCAAACACAAGAGGCCGUGGUGGCUCCAGAUGACUCCGUUUCUAUCAUUGCUCCUGGAAUAAUCCCUACAACUUCAACGGUGAUGGCUAGCAGCCCCACGCCAACACCAGAAACUCCACCAAGUACAGACUCUCAACCUCGAACUCCGCAGUCAUCGCAUGUGCCCCUAUUACCUGUCAGUGAGAGGAAGACACCGGCGCCACCGCUCGAUGAAGUUGCAAGCACUGUUCCUCGUCAACGCCGAGCCACAACACCUGUGCGGACGCCUGACAACCAGGGAAGGCCGAAUACUUUCGAGAUUGCGGCGGAGAAUUUUCGCAAGCGAUUAAACGAAUUUGAAGAUUCAUCACCUCGAUCGCGGAAACGACAUCGUGAUAGACUUGUCAGUGAUUACUCUCGGUCUCUCGCCAGAGCAGAAUUCUUAGAGGAGGAAUUGAAUGAUUACAAAAAAAGGGGUACCCCAAGAUAG